GUAACAACAUCUCCGUUAGAGAGCUUGAAAGGAAGCCGUUACAGUCCAUCAGCUGAGCCGCUACACCUUAAAGGGAACAGAAUAAAAUAAAUAAAUAAAUAAAGCAGGCGCUUUCAUCUCCGUGCAGAAAAGAAAGAUGUUGUUGAGCUUCACACAGAGAGGUACCCCCAUUUGUUAGCGCCCUGCCAAGUAGCGCCUAAAGCUGAGGGGCGAAGGCGAUGCAGCAGCCUUGCGAUCUUACCGAAAAGACGGGCAGAGGGCGGCUUUCGGCAAGCAACUGGCGCUGCAGCUCGGAGUGCGGAUCUCAGCUGGAGAUGGAACGAGCAGCCGAAGAAGUGUAGUGACCAAGAAAGUGCAAAGUGCCUCUGGAUCGGGGACCUCGUGUGCAGCUGCGCACCUCCCGCCAAGAGCAUAAUUGGCUCACCGGGUAUUAUUAACGAGGGACUUAAUUGGUGGUGGGUGGGGGGGUACAGGAGCUUUCGAUCAGAAAACUCAACUAAAGGAAGAGAGGAAGGAGCCGAUUGUCAAACUGCCAGGCCUCGACAAGUGGGACCUCUGCUCAAUGCAGGGGCAUCGGACCGGACUGGACGCCACUGAAGCGCUCGUCCGUUGGCGGAUUGAGAGCUGCGGCAAUUACGGUGUAUCACCUGAGGGGAGGCCUUGCAUUGUUAACCUUUUCUUGCUACUAUGAGGAUUUAAUCAAUCUGGAUACAAAGUCUGUAUAAAACAGGAUUUAUAAUAUACAAACCCAUUGACCAACAAUGACUACUCCAGCUCUGCUGCCCUUGUCCGGGCGGAGGAUACCUACCCUAAACCCUGGCAGUUCUCCAUUCCCUCAUCACCGAGCAACAUUGCGCCUCUCUGAGAAGUUCAUAUUACUCCUCAUCCUCAGUGCCUUCAUCACUCUGUGCUUUGGAGCCUUCUUUUUUCUCCCCGAUUCCUCCAAGCAUAAGCGCUUUGACUUGGGUCUUGAAGAUGUGCUCAUUCCCCACAUAGACUCCAACAAGGAAGGCAAGCAUCUGGGUGGUCACAUCAUUCAUGGCCAAGGAGGUCAUGAUGAGCACCGACACAGGGAGGAGGAGGAAAGCUUGAGAAGCAAAAUUCGAGCAGAUCACGAAAGAGCACUGGAGGAAGCAAAGGAGAAGCUGAAAAAGUCCCGUGAGGAGCUAAGAGCAGAGAUUCAGACAGAAAAGAACAAAGUUGCCCAAGAUCUGAAGAAAAAGGACAGUAAGCAAUUACCACCAGUACCAAUGCCUAAACUUGUCGGCAUUCAUGAUGGCGACCCUGGAGAUCCUGACAUCAAAGAAAAACGGGACAAAAUCAGAGAGAUGAUGAAGCAUGCAUGGGACAGUUACAGACAGUAUGGCUGGGGACAUAAUGAGCUGAAACCCCUAGCCAAAAAGGGUCAUUCCACCAACAUUUUUGGAAAUUCUCAAAUGGGAGCUACUAUAGUUGAUGCCUUAGACACGCUUUACAUAAUGGGCUUACAUGAUGAGUUUAAAGAUGGACAGCAGUGGAUUGAACAAAAUCUUGAGUUCAACGUGAAUGCUGAAGUUUCUGUUUUUGAAGUAAACAUCCGAUUCAUUGGUGGGUUGCUUGCAGCUUACUAUCUUUCCGGACAGGAGGUUUUCAAGAUUAAAGCUGUGCAACUUGCUGAAAAACUACUUCCUGCAUUUAACACACCAACAGGCAUACCCUGGGCAAUGGUUAAUUUAAAAAGCGGUGUUGGUCGAAACUGGGGAUGGGCCUCAGCUGGUAGCAGUAUUCUUGCAGAAUUUGGCACUCUUCACAUGGAAUUUGUACACCUCACCUACUUGACCGGAGACCCAGCCUACCUUAAUAAAGUCAUGCAUAUUAGAAAGCUUUUGCAGAAAAUGGACCGACCUAAUGGACUUUACCCAAAUUACCUGAACCCAAGAACAGGCCGCUGGGGCCAACAUCAUACAUCUGUGGGCGGACUGGGUGACAGCUUUUAUGAAUACUUAUUAAAAGCCUGGCUAAUGUCUGAUAAAACAGAUCUAGAAGCACGGCAGUUAUAUGACGACGCUAUUGAGGCAAUUGAAAGACAUUUGAUUAGAAAGUCAAAUGGUGGUCUAACAUUCAUUGGGGAAUGGAAAAAUGGACAUCUUGAGAGGAAAAUGGGCCAUUUAACCUGUUUUGCUGGUGGGAUGUUUGCUCUUGGGGCAGAUGGUUCACCAGGAGAAAAGGCAGGGCAUUACUUGCAAUUGGGAGCAGAGAUUGCACAUACCUGCCAUGAAUCAUAUGACAGAACAGUCUUAAAACUCGGCCCAGAAGCAUUCAAGUUUGACAGUGGCUUGGAAGCAGUUGCAGUCCGGCAAAAUGAAAAAUACUACAUUCUUCGACCAGAAGUGAUUGAGACCUAUUGGUAUAUGUGGAGAUUUACACAUGAUCCAAAGUACCGGCAGUGGGGUUGGGAGGCAGCACAGGCAAUUGACAAGUAUUGCAGAGUGAGUGGUGGUUUCUCAGGAGUGAAAGAUGUCUAUUCAUCAUCCCCUACAUAUGAUGAUGUUCAACAGAGCUUCUUCCUGGCAGAAACUCUGAAGUAUCUGUACCUCCUUUUCUCCAGUGAUGACCUCUUACCUCUGGACAAUUGGGUCUUUAACACAGAAGCUCAUCCACUGCCUGUUUUGCAUUUGGCGAACUCAACGCUUUCUGCCAACAAUGUCAUUCGAUAGGAUCAGGUGGCACCUCUGGACCACUUCUUGCCUUUAUCAAUAGAACAAGGUGAAGAAAUAAAACCGAGCCUGUGAGGCCAUCACGAAUGAUUUCUGUUUAGUUCUGAUUGUUACAGAGGAACUAAAAGGUGUUUCUUUAUUUUUUUUCUUACUCCGGACAUGUUUAUGAUAGACAUCAAGAGAAAUUGAUUCAGAAUAUUCCAUUUUAUAAAUCUGACCAAAAUUUCUAAGGAAAACAGUGUACUGUGGAUGUGGAGAACUACCAGCGGAUUUUUCGCACUGCAAAAUGGAGCUUUUGCCAAUCCAACAUCUGCUGCUGCGUUUGAGAGCCCUGCCAGCAAACUUGGGAAGAGGAAAGAAAUCAAAAUAUAUGUAUAUUAUUUCUCCACUCUGAGCAGCCUGGCAUGAGAUAUACAGUAAUAAAAUAAAUGAAUAAAUCAAAAGGAAACUGUAAAGCCAUUGUUGAGAAAAGAUUGAAGUAAUUUAUUUUAUUUUUAUUCUGGUAUGUCGAUGUAAUAGAAUGUAAGGAGACUAUGAACACAACACCCAAAAGCAAUGCAUUAUUUAGCAUCCAUUGAACUUUUACAUCUGUGAAAUGUCCUUCUUUUAUACUGAACACACCUGAUGGCCUUCUGUUGUCUCAGUGCACAUUCUUUGCGACUGUAUUCCUUUCCCUGUUAAAAAAAAAAAUGUUUGAAACGCAUCAAUACAAAGAUAAAAAGUACAGAAUAUGUUUAAAGUGUCCCUCAAUGCAAAGCAAAAAAGAGUGUACUCAGCUGACCUUCACUUGUUCACCCACAGAUACGCCAAGGGGUGCGAGUGACGAGUGUCUGUGCAGCGGGACAUUGUGAGUGACGAGAGGUGACUUGAGAGAGGGGGGCUCCCGUCUCGCUUUCAUUUUGUUUGCAAGUCAACAGGGUAGAGUGCAGUUUUCUUUAAGGGGUGAAUGUUCUAUCUUCUACUGUAUUAAUGCAUCUGAAGUCAUGUCAUUGUGGAGACCCUCCAGAGCCUUGUGUGUGUCUACUUCAAGCUGUCAUUCCUUGAAUUCAAUACAAAGUGUGUUGAGUUUUGUGAGGUAAUUCUUUUGACGAUCUGCUGUUGAAUUAUUUAAUAUGCGGAUGUGUGUGUAUGUGAGAGAGAGUGUGUGUGCCCGUCCGUACUGUACGAGUCUGGGAAGAAUUGAUGAGGAAAGGCAACUUUUGUUUUCUUCUCAGCAGAUUUCCAAUGGCAAAUAAAAAAAGUGGUAAAUUUUAGGAAUAUAGCCCAAAAUCAAAAGAUACACUUUAGUUAUGCUGCACAUUCCAUAAUACAACAAACAUUAAAAAUUAGGGGUGUUACUCUUCUGCAUUUCUGUUCCAGUUGUCAUGUGUGCUCCUUUAUAACAAAGAAAUAACACCAAGAGAUUACGAAGAGCUGGGGCACCGCAAAGGCAAAUCCAGUAUAUUAAAACCAAAACAGACUGCGGUCAGCAAAAGGCAUCUCUUGAGUCGGGAGUCAACAGCUAGACUGACUCAAGAUGGCGGAGGAACCCUUAUGAGGAAGCCAGGGUGGAAAAGGGGAGCACAGGGGCUUGUGACCCGGAAGUGACGUCACAUGUGCUCCCGGUCAUCACAUCUGUUAAGGACAAGGGAGGUGAAGCACUAGGCAGCAGCGCCACCCUUUGACUCGGGGUGGAAUUACUAUAUGAUGGGCCCACAAGUUGUCUCCCAAGCAAAUGUUUGUGACAAUAGACACACACAACAAUCUGAAGUGAUGCCAAUCUAAGUAUCCAUCUUGUAAUACACUUAAUAUUUUGUGUAAAUUGGAAUUUCUUUAACACAAUAACUUGCUUCUUCUGUCCUCAUUAAAGAUAUUCAUACAUUGGCAGUGAGCCGUAUAAUGCGGCCCCAUUGAAGCGCACUGAUAUUCACUCCACUUCCUUAAAUUCUGACACUUAAGCUGUAACUUGUCAGGUAACAAUGUGUAGCCAUCAGACCCCUCAGGUUGUCCGAGGCUGUCGCCGUUUCCACUCUGCCAUCCUAUUCAUGAAAUCAGAUCACAGCUCUCUGUAGUUUCUGUCUAAAGUUCUAGUUUCACUUUGCACUGGAAUUUCGUGGCAAGUCCUUGAUUCCUGUUGUCCCUCAUAAUAAAGACAUCUUUUUCCGCCUUCUUUCUCCGUCUUGACCAUACGAGGAGCUUUUCGGGUUCCUAGUAAAGCACUUUGGACUACUUGACUACCAUUUCGUGCUUCAGCUCCCCUUUACAAGUCUUUUAAAUGUUGAGAUGUAACUCAGUCAUCUGAGGAAGUCCAUAAUGACUUGUUUUAACUAAUUUUCCAUGUGCUUGCAUCUGUUAGAUAACUACAUACUAAUUUAAAAAAUAAAAAAGAUCAUGAAUUGUUUUUUUAAUUUCUCAGUGAGCUAAGGUGUGAGCGGAAGUGGUGAUGAUUGCUAUUUUAAAAUAAAACAUACAAAAAUAACUCCAUUUCACUUUUUUACUUCUGACCAAAUACAAAAUGAUACGCAUUAAGCCUGCAUGAUUAGCUGUAUAUCCGUGUUUAUGAAAAAUAAUGGAAAACAUACAAAAAAUAAAUGCAUUUUAUAGGCCGGAAAAUAUCCUUGGGUAGUGGUCUCAAAGACAACAGUUACACUAGAUUAUGAUCUGGGCAUAGAAGGCUUUGGACCCCCCAAGGAAAGCCACAGCUUGAACCCAGAAUGUCCUCUAAGGUGACUGACUCUCUUCAAAUCCAAAUACAGGCCGGGCGAGGACAGUCCCGUCCUGGCAGCGUGAGCCGAGUGUUGGUACACUGAAUCAAGUGCGCUUGUGGACACCUUCAUGGAUGGGGGGAGCGUUUAUUACCUGCAGUCCGCGUUUGUCAGGUUACUGCAGCUUCCAGUACUGGCUGUCCAAUGCUACUCUUGGGUUUUAUUUUGAAACAGUGUUCUGUAUUUGUAAUUUUUAUUGAAUACAAAUUGUAAAUAUGUCUAAAAAACAAUAAAAACAUUUAAAGCAA